AUGAUCACCCGAAAAGCCGCCUCGUUGCUGGCCUUCGCACUGGGAUGCGCGGCCCUGGCCCACGCGCACUCGCACGCCAAUCCACGUUCUCCUGGCCUGGACGAGGACCAUCACGGUGCAGGUGCACACAGCUCUGCAGAAUUCGCACCCAUCCCGCUGGUCGAGUUCCCGUCGAACGACAUCCCUGAUCCCUGGACCACCAAGUAUGCAGGCGUCGCAGGGCCCGCCUACUCUGGCGUCACCACCUACGCACAUCUGCCCACGGCCAAGUGUCUCAACGACCCGAACCAGCUGUUCGAUGUAGCAGUGCUUGGCAUCCCGUACGACCUUACGGUCACCUAUCGACCGGGAGCCAGGUUUGGUCCCAAUGCCAUCAGACAGGCUAGCAGGAGGCAGAGAGCUGGAAGGACCUAUUCCCUGUAUCACGGCCAGGAUCCGUACAACACGGGACUGAAAUUCCUCGACUGCGACGAUAUCCCUGCUUCACCCAUGGAUCCUGCGUUGGCCAUCGAUCAGAUCGAAGCUGGCUACACGUCGCUGCUGCAACGCACGCCGGCUUCGGACCCGUCGGUUCGCACCAGCUCGUCUCCGCCCGAGUCGGUUGUGACAAAGGAAGCAUGGCAGGCCUUCUCGAGCUCCGGCCUGGCCAAGGAUGGCAAAUCGCAUCCCAAGGUCGUCUCGAUGGGUGGAGACCACACGAUCGUCCUGCCCAUCCUCCGCUCACUCUACCGCGUCUACGGUCCCAUCGCGGUGAUUCACUUUGACGCGCACCUCGACACCUGGCCGCCCGAGGUUUCGCCUGCGGGGUCGCCCACGCGCCAGCAUCAGAUCCAGCACGGCACCUUCUUCUGGCAAGCGGCGCUCGAGGGCUUGAUCGCACGCAACCAGUCGAUCCACGCCGGCAUCCGCACGCGCCUCGGCUCGUACGACGACAUCACCCACGACGCCUCAAUCGGUUUCGACAUCAUUACCUCGGACGACAUUGACGACCUUGGCAUCCCCGCCAUCAUUGCCCAGAUCCGCGAGCGCGUCGGCACCAUGCCCGUGUACCUCAGCAUCGACAUCGACACGCUCGACCCCGGCUUUGCUCCAGGCACGGGCACGCUCGAGUCGGCCGGAUGGAGCCCCAGGGAGCUGAGGCGGAUUCUCAGGGGACUCGAGGGUCUCAACUUUGUCGGGUUUGACUUGGUCGAGGUCAGCCCGUCGUAUGACCAUGCUGAGAUCACGGCGUAUGCGGCGAGCGAUUUGAUCUACGAGUUCAUGAAUUUGCUGAUUCGCGGCAAUGACCUGCAGGCGAAGGGCAAGGUCGCUGAGCCGAAGAGCAAGGGGCGCAGCAAGAAGGUGAAGAAUCCGGUCGGUUCGCUUUUCAGUCAUGGGGAUGAGUUGUAA